AUAAAAAAGUAAAUAAUAAUAAGAAAGAAAAGAGAAAGAAAGAGUAUCGAGAAGGUUCGAUUGGUCAUUUCGUUGCGUCUGUGUCAUUGCCAUCUUUGUUCUCCGCCUCCUUUCUCUGUCCUAAAAUCAGCUCACCUUUCCAUUUUCCACUUUCUUCAAUCUCCCUAACUCAAUCAACCAGAAUAAUAUUACAAGAUAACAACUUUCAAGUAUCUUUUACAGAAAACGUGCAAUGGCUUCAAGAAUUCUUGCCCAAAUUCUUGUGAUGGGUUCUGGGAUAUUAGUUAGGGCUGUUGCCCAAGCUUAUCGACAAGCUAUUGCUAAUGCCUCGAAAACUGGUGCUGCUCAAGAAGCAAUGCAGAAUACUGUACGUAAAGCAAGUAAAGCCAUCACAGAGCAAGAAGCCAGGCAAAUUCUUGGUGUUCCUGAGAAUGCAGCCUGGGAAGAUAUUUUGAAAAAAUAUGAUGUUUUGUUUGAGAGGAACGCCAAACAAGGGAGCUUUUACCUCCAAUCGAAGGUUUACCGAGCAAAGGAGUGUCUAGAAUCAGUAUAUCAAAACAAAGGUCAAGGCCCUGCCAGUGGAUAGCUGGAAUUUUUGUCCCAUGGGUGGUUGUGCUCGUGUUUUUCUUUCUUACAAUGCUGUAUAUAGAGUACUGCGAUGAUAAUUAGACUAAGAACUUUUAACAUAAUCUUUGUUCAUCUGGUUGUGAUAUUGUUUGUUCCUUAUACGUUUUAGGAACGUCAUGAGCGGUUAGAAUUAUGCACACUCUUAAUCAUAUUUCUUACUCGAUGUUAUAGUAUGAAUUUUUUUUUUCUUCGUUUUGACAAGGCUGUAACCAAUCUUCAUAUAUUGCAGUAUUUGGUGCUAUUGCCUUGUAAACGUUACCAGGGAGUAGUGCUUGUAAAUUGUAAUAACAGCAGCAAUUUUACAAGACUAGCUGUUUUGUAUUUGUUGAUUUGGCCAAGUGUCAAUACAAACUUCCUCUUCUUUUUCA